AUGGCACCACUCGUCUUCGUCAUUGGCGGCACUGGCGCCCAAGGCAUCCCCGUCAUCCAAGGGCUCGUCCAGGACGGCGCAUACGCAGUCCGCUUCUUGACCCGCGACGCCAACUCCCCACGAUCCAAGCAUCUCCUCACCCUAGGAAACGUAUCAGCCCUCGAGGGCACAUUCACCGACGAAGACGCGCUGCGCAGGGGGUUCCGCGGCGCGCGCUACGCCUUCGUCAACAUUGACGGCUUCAACGCCGGCGAAAAGACGGAAAUGUUCUGGUCCAUGCGCGCCUACGAGCUAGCGCUCGAGGAGGGCGUCGAGUUCUUCGUCUACGCCAACCUCGACUACGUCUACAAGAAGAGCGGGUUCGACGCCAGCUUCCGGACGGGCCACUACGACGCCAAGGGCCGCGUGGCCGAAUGGAUCCUCCUGCAGAACAGGGACCGGGCCGUUUCGGAGAGGAUGCGGGCGGCCGUCUUCACCACGGGCCCGUACAUGGCUAUGGUGCUUGCCGCCGGGACGCCCAUGGCGCCGAGGGUCGAGGACGGCGUGGUCACCUGGCGGGUGCCGCUGGGGGAGGGCGCCGUGGCGCACGUCGAUCUUGACGAUUGCGGGUACUAUGUCCGCUGGCUGUUGGAUCAUCAGGAGAGGGCGGACGGGAUGGAUCUCCAGGUUGCUAUUGACUUGGUGGACUAUGGGGAUUUGGCGCGGGCGUUUGAGAGGGUCACGGGGCGGAAGGCGAGAUAUGUAGAUACUAGCUUGGAUGAGUAUUGGACGAGCGGGCCGAUGGGCACGGGGGGAAGGCCGGCUGGGUAUAAUGCCGACCCGGGGGAUCCGGCGACAAUGAGCCUGCGCGCAAACUUUACUGGGUUCUGGAAUAUGUGGAAGUACUCUGGUAGGAAUAGGGGCGUUGUGCGGCGCGACUUUGGGCUGCUUGAUGAGAUUCAUCCGGGGAGAGUGAGGACGGCGGAGGAGUGGUUCCGGCGGGAGGAGGAGAAGAGUAAGAGGUUGGGGACGCCGUCGCUGUGGGAGCGGGCGAAUAAUCUCAGGCCGGUGUUGAAGGGUCUGGAGGACGGGCGGAAAGGUCGUCUGUAG